UACAGAAUAUACACGAAUGGGAGAUGGACGGAGACAGGGAUCACCCUCACAGGUCCACUCAGCGGCAGCCAUCAUUUCGUUAGCCCGGAGGCAGAGGGCGCUGUUGGAAACCACUGCGGCUAGCUUUCCAGCUUGUUGGGCUAACUGUCAAAGGCAGCAGAGGCCCAGUGGGCUCUUGGCCUGCCCUGAAACAACUCGAUGGAUCUCAGCACUGACUGCGGGACACUUCCCACCCACACCACUGUAGGAGGAUCUGUGUUGGAGCAGGAGCUGUCUCUGUCCGGCGCUCUCUGUCAAACAGAAAGUGGAGGCACCAUCUUACUACAGUUGUUGGAAUUUAAAACCCAUCUGCUCGAGGCUGUAGAGGAGCUGCAUAUUCGGAGGGAUGCAGAGACACGCUUUGAGGAUCAGAUCGGUAAACUGGUGUUGGAGAAACAGGAGCUGGAGUGGGAGAAGGAAUCCCUCCAACAACAGAUUGAAACAUUGGGAAACCAGCACACAGAGUCACUUGUCAACAUUAAGAAGCAGCUUCAGGCCAAAAUAAGAAACACUGAGGAGGAGAAGGGGAAAUACCAGGUCAGCGCUGAGUUAAAAGACAAGGAGAUUAACAACUUGAAAGAAGAGCUUAAGUCACUACAGUUGCUGAAGUACAACUUGGAGAAGAAAUCAAGUGAGCUGGAACAGAAAUUAGCCUUGCAGUGCCGGUCAAAGGACAAUCACUUGAACCAGUUGGGGGAGGUUGAGAAACGUUUCAGUGCUCUAUCCAGACAGUGUGCCAUGGUCAAGCAGGCCCACGAGCAACUAGAGCAAAAUGUUGAUGAGGCCAUGAAAAUGAAUAAGAAAGUGACAACUGCAAAUGUAAAACAAGAAGCAACCAUUGUGUCACUAAAGAAGGAGUUGGAGGAGGUCAAUAACAAGCUGAUCAAGGCCAAGAUGUCAUCAGUUAGACAUGACAAGACCCACAGUCCUGCAGGCAGAGAGCAGCAUAUACAGCAGCUGCACCAGAAGCUAAACAUGGAGACUGAAAUGAAUGAGAAACUCAGGGAAGAAAAUGUAGCUGUAAGAGCAGAAAAGCAGGAAGUGAUGAAGUCUCUGCAGCAUAGCCAGCAGCUGUUGUUGAGUCAGACACAGACAGUAAGCAGGGUAGAGCUGGAGCUACAGACACACAAAGAGCAGUACCAGGCCCUUAAGCAGGAACACAGGGUGAUGCGAGAGAAGAGCAAGGCAAUGGAAGACAGGGUGGCCCAACUGAUGGAGAGCUUCGCUGCUUCCAAGAACAGCUGGGACAAAGAGAAGGUGAUGUUUCUGGAUUGCAUCAAGAGUGAGCAGCAGGAACUUCAAGCGCUGAAAGAAGCUUGCGACAAGCUUCAUCAGGAACAUGCUAAACUGUCAUCACAGGCCAAAGUGCAGUCUCAGCAUAUAUAUGAAUUGGAGAGGAGAGACAGCAGUCAGGGCAUCAGUGUUUCUACCCAGGUCUUUCCCACCUUACUGGAGGAAAUCAGAGCAGAGGAAACUCAUAAUGAACCCAUCUCCAUCUCUAAGCUGCCUGGCUUUGACAGUCUGCAGCACUUGGCCUCAACUCAGACCAAAAGCCCAGACUGUCUGGAGGACACAGGAGCUGUGACUAAGCUAGUUGACACUGGAGCAACUGGAGUAUCAACUGUAUCGAGCCCUGCCAACAAGUCUAUCGAUGGAUCUGUACACUUACUGAGCAAAGACAAGAGUAAUGAAGGAAUGAGUGAGAAAGAACAGGGAUGGAAAGCUCAUGUGAAACAAGUCGAAAACAACAGUGAAGAUGGAGGUGAAAGAAAUGAGAAGCAGCAAUGGAAUAGAGAAGAAGUCCGAGGAGAAGAUGUGGAGGAAGGAGGAAGUGCUGGAGAAAAUAGACAAAUGCUCAUGGCCCAAACAACAGAUAGAGCAGACGGACGAGAGGAUAGCCAGGGGUCAACAGAGGAUGCAGCAGACUCCAAACAGCCUGAAACAGAAACAAAAGAUAGAGCAGAGGGAGAGGGGACACAUGAAGUGAAGGAGAGAGCAAAGACAGAAACCCAGAUAUCGGCCCAGACCACAUAUCAGUGUAUGCCUCCAGAGAAGAGCGACACACAGCAGGUCAUUGACUUCAUGGACACUGAGUCGCCACUGGCUGCCUGUGCGCCCUCAGACUGCUCACAAAGUCUCUCUCAGAAAGGCAGUGAGGAAGAUGCUGACUCCAGCCAUGUGAGCAAAGAAUAUGAGAUUGGUAGAGAAGUACAAACCUUCUGCUCUGAUACAAGUGUCCAUUACGGGCCAAACGCUGUCAUUCAAGAGGUGCAACAACUCAGUCAUGAUGAGGUCCAAACCACUGCUGAGUCACAUACUCAGCUGCCAAGUCCAAUUCAAGUUUUUGAGAAAACCAUGGAAGAGCAACCAUUCAGCAAAUCAGCAGCCAGUAUACCCACUGAACUUCCCGAACCUCUGAAUCAAUCAAGUACUUAUAGCUCACAGGCCAAUACUGCACCAUUAGCUGCUCAGCUGGAUGGCACUGUCAACAUCCAAGAGUUAGAGACAACUACAAAACAGACACAGCCUUGUAGUCCUUCUGACAUUACCACCAAAAUGAAACAAACAGAUGAAGUGUGUGAUACACACGUUAAUGACGAGUGCAUGUCAGUGAGAUCGAUGGUUGAACCACCAGCAGUACCUCAGAGCCAGGAAAUCUUCAAACAGAGGGGACAGCUGAAGUCUCUGGUAGCUGAUGAUGGCGAUGGUGUUUCUGGUGCAUAUGAGAAGAGCAAAGAUCAGUCAUAUGUAGAAACACGUGAAAUCGAAGCCUGUGAGACUGCGCAGGAACCUUUGGAAACAUCUAAUUUGAGGGAUGCCUGUGCUGAUACCCAGAUAAAUACCGUGGACCUUGAAUCUCAGGUUGAGACUGGCAGCUGUCAGGAGCCCAUGAAAAAUGACAAAACAGAAGAUGCCUCAGAAGCUAGAAUGACUGAUUUGAGGCUGGCUGUCCUUCCAAGACAUGAGAGUGAUGCUUUGCCAGAGACCGGCAGCACAAAAUGCUCUGAACAGUCUCCAGGAAAAGAAAUACCACUUGAUGUUACUACUGAGUCAUCUCUGCCCAGCACCAAGACUUACAGGUCAUCAUUUGACUUUGGCAGUGCUCAGAGAACUGUGAGCUCCAGAACUAAUCCAGACGUCUCCACCCUACAACAGUUUGUGCAGCGAUCUGCGCCUGAGCAAAACACAAGUGGACCCCUCAGAUGUUACCUCAGCACAGUACCCAAGUUCCUGAAAAGCAAGCACAACAAAGUCCCCUUGGUGAUUACCAGGGCCUCGGAUCUGUUGAAUGCCUCCAGUGUCUCUGGGACUGCAGCUUCCUUAAGGACACACCAGCAGGGAGAGCGGAAGGCUCUGGGAGAGACCUGCAGAGAGACGGCAACAGCAGACACGGAGAGCCGAGCUUCUCUAUCCGUCACUUCUUUUCCAGUCUCCACAUCCAUCACAGCCAGCAAGCUGUCACGGCAAACCACCCCAGGGUGUACCAGAGCUCCUACCUCAGCUGCAGGUCCAAGUUCAGAGGCAGACUUGGAAUUUUUUUGCUCCCAGGAGAGGGAAGACCAGCAGUCAUCAUUCAGAGCCCAGAUCUCCAAAAUCGAACAGUUCCUUAACACAGAGAGGCUCCGUCUGCCCAAAAGACGAAAAACUGACAACUAAACCACUGAAACUUACUCUCUGUUUAGGGAUGCCACUGUGUCUAGUUGAUGACAAACUGCUCCUUCUGUUGGUAAAGUGAUUAGAGCCUUAGCUGGGAAAAUUGUGCAAAGUGUUAAGCUUAAACAUUGGCUGUUCACAUUACUGUUAUAAAAACAUUUCUACAUUUAAUUUUAAUGGAAAAUUGCUUUGUUCAUUUGUUGUUUGUUUGUUCUAUUGCAUACUUGUAGGUAAGCAGGACAGGAGGGUAUUAUUAAUUCCACUGGAUGAUAUAUUUAUGUUGCUAUAAAUAUUUUAUUUUAACAUACAGUUGUAUGUGUAUAAAGCAGUGUUGGAAUAUAUAUAAACAAGAAUAAA